GUAAAGCUGCUUUUCCUCUAGGUUCUGUCGUACGAUGUUAAAAGAUCAUGAUUUGACAACUCGGCACUCUUUAAAAAAACAACUUGUGCGAAAGAAACAGUUUCUUCCGUCAGCAGUGUGGCGUAAUGCAGUAAGAGGCAUGUUUAUUCAAACUCAGGACACACCAAAUCCAAAUAGUUUGAAGUUCAUUCCGGGGAAGGAAGUGCUGGAGUCGAGGACUAUGGAGUUUUCCACACCAGCUGCAGCAUUUUGCUCACCUCUAGCAAGACAGUUAUUCAAAAUUGAAGGAGUUAAAAGUAUUUUCUUUGGACCAGACUUCAUCACAAUCACCAAGGAGAGUGAAGACCUGGAUUGGAACUUACUGAAACCAGAUAUUUAUGCGACUAUAAUGGAUUUCUUUGCGUCUGGCUUACCUGUAGUUACUGAUGAGGCACCUAGGACCGACACAGCCGCUUCAGAAGAAGAUGAUGAAGUUGUGCUCAUGAUCAAAGAACUGCUGGAUACAAGAAUCAGGCCGACAGUGCAAGAAGAUGGCGGUGAUGUUAUUUAUAAAGGCUUUGAGGAUGGGAUUGUGCAGCUGAAGUUGCAGGGUUCGUGCACCAGCUGUCCCAGUUCCAUCAUCACCCUGAAGAAUGGGAUACAGAACAUGCUCCAGUUCUACAUCCCUGAAGUAGAAGGCGUGGAACAGGUUGUUGACGACGAUGACGACAUGGAGAAAGAAGCAAAUUCUACUUGAGCUAGCAUCACCUGUGGCCAAAUAAGCAUUUACCUCUUGGUGUACGUAAACUCCUUUUGUGCUGAAGAACAACCAAAUCUGCCUUUCUUUUCAGAAGAAUAGUUGCACUUAUAUCUGUGAGAAUGUAUCAUCAGUUUGUCCACUAAUUUAUUAAAUGCCCUGCAUUCAAAAAAGAAUCCUUUUUCUCUACUUUGUGCUAUGUCCUAAGAAAGAAAUGGUGGGCUUUAAAAAUGGUGAUGCAUCUCUCCGUUGUUCUUUCAUACAAAAAAAAUCAAGACUGAAAAAAAGAGAAGGCAGAGGUAAAGUUUCUUGGCUGUUUUUUGUGCAACAGAAAUGCUAAAUGUUUAUUCCCCCAAACCUCCUCAUGGGGCUUGCAGGACUGUCUGCCCUUGCUCUAUAAUUGAGAAAUUCAGGAAUGUUCAUUUUUAUCAAAUUCUGUUGAAAAGCUUUUGAUUCCCAUCAGGUUUUUUGUGUGAAAAAUAACCCAUAACUUCAGCUGUUCAUUUUAAGAGGAUGUAAUAUUGCCAUCGCUUGUGGAAAGUUACCUUCUUGCCACUAGCACUGUGCAAACGAUAGUAACAGAGACAAAAACCGUGAGUUGUUUGUUAUAAAAGUCAUGGCUUUUAAAAUAAAUGUUAGAAGAAGAUGAUCCUUAUCAGCAUUAGUAAGCAGAGAGACUAAUUAGCUUAUUUAGAAGUAAAAUUGUUCAGCCACCGUUAGUGGUCUGUUUAAACUUGCAGAAGGUGAUUCCUCGACAUAAUGCUCCAACAUCAAGAUGAAUGUGCGGUGCUUAAGGGCACAAAUUACAUUUGUAGGAUAGCAAAGAAAAUGAAUGUGUUCACCUGUGCCCCAUCCCGUCUGUUCCUUCUGCGGCGCCGAGGAGCGCAGCGCCUGUGUGACUUGGCUGCCCUGGCUGGGCAAGGGAAGACGUGGCGGAGCAGAACAC